CUACUGAGUGGGAUGGUGGCUAUCCAGGGGGACAGUGCCAACUUGCAACUCUCCCACAGUCUGCAACUUCAUGUCCCACGAGAAGUGCCUGCGGCACGUGAAGACUGCAUGUGCCGGUGUGGCGCCCAGCCUGGUGCGGGUCCCUGUAGCCCAUUGCUUUGGUCCUCGUGGGCUCUACAAGCGGAAAUUCUGUGCUGUCUGCCGCAAGGGCCUGGAGGCACCUGCACUCCGCUGUGAAGUGUGUGAGCUGCACAUUCACGCCGACUGUGUGCCCUUCGCCUGCAGCGACUGCCGCCAGUGCCACCAGGAUGGACACCAUGACCAUGAUACCUACCACCACCACUGGCGGGAGGGGAACCUGCCCUUGGGCGCACGCUGCGAGGUCUGCAGGAAGACUUGUGGCUCCUCGGAUGUGCUAGCUGGUGUGCGCUGCGAAUGGUGUGGCAUCCAGGCCCACUCGCUGUGCUCUGCGGUGCUGGCCCCUGAGUGUACCUUUGGGCGGCUGCGCUCCAUGGUCCUGCCCCCUGCGUGUGUGCGCCUGCUGUCCCGAAAUUUCAGCAAGAUGCAUUGCUUCCGCAUUGCUGAGACUGCAGCCCUGGAGCUGGGUGACGGGGAUGAUGGUGUGGAUGGAAGUGCGGCUUUAGGCCCUGGCAGGGACAUGCCAGCAACCCCUGAGUCCAGCAAACAGACCCUGAAGAUCUUUGAUGGCAAUGACACCGUAAGGAGAAACCAUUUCCACCUGGUCACUGUGCCUCGCCUGGCCAGGAGUGAGGAGGUGCUGGAGGCAGCACUGCGGGCCUACUAUGUCAGUGAGGACCCUGGAGACUUUGAGCUUCAGGAGCUGCCCUUGCCCUCGCUGGCUGGUGAUGACCAGACCCUAGGGAAGGCUGGAAGUGGUGGCCUGGCUGAGGAAGACAGUGGCAGGGGCUCUGGGUCCCAUGAACCUGAGGCCUGGGUCAUCCGUGCACGGCCCCGUGCCCAGGAAGUCCUGAAAAUCUACCCCGGCUGGCUCAAGGUGGGCGUGGCCUAUGUGUCCAUCCGGGUGACUUCCCAGAGCACGGUGCGCACUGUGGUGCUAGAGGUCCUCCCGUUACUUGGACGCCAGGCUGAGGAUCCUGAGAGCUUCCAGCUGGUGGAGGUGCUCAUGGGCAGCAGGCAAGUCCAACGGAUGGUCCUGGCAGAUGAGGAGCCCCUGCUUGAGCGGCUUUGGGACAUCCGGCAGACAUCCCUGCGGCAGGCCAGCCAGACACGAUUCUAUGUGGUGGAGAGCAGGGCCAUGGCCCCGCAUGUCUCUCUGUUCGUGGGUGGUCUGCCACCCGGCCUGUCUCCUCAAGAGUAUGGUGAUCUGCUGCAUGAGGCCAUGACCACCAAAGCUGCCACAGUGUCCGUGAGCCACGUCUACUCCCAAGGUGCAGUGGUGCUGGACGUCACUUGCUUUGCUGAGGCCGAGCGGCUAUAUAUGCUGGGGAGGGACACAGCUGUGCAUGGCCAGCCACUGACCACACUGGUGCUCCCGGAUGUGCUGCACACAAAGCUGCCCUCAGACUGCUGCCCCCUCCUCGUGUUUGUGAACCCCAAGAGUGGGGGCCUCAAGGGCCGAGACCUGCUCUGCAGUUUCCGGAAGCUGCUGAACCCUCACCAGGUCUUCGAUUUGACCAACGGGGGGCCGCUUCCUGGGUUCCACCUCUUUGCCCAGGUGCCCUGCUUCCGGGUGCUAGUGUGUGGCGGUGACGGCACCGUGGGCUGGGUUCUCACUGCCCUGGAGGAGACACGGCACCAUCUGGCCUGCCAGGAGCCAUCUGUUGCCAUCCUGCCUCUGGGCACAGGGAACGACCUCGGCCGGGUCCUCCGCUGGGGUGCGGGUUACAGUGGAGAGGACCCGUUCUCCAUGCUGGUGUCUGUGGAUGAGGCGGAUGCUGUGCUCAUGGACCGCUGGACCAUCCUGCUGGAUGCUCACAAGGCCGCUGGUAUAGACAACAAUGUGGUGGAUGCAGAGCCCCCCAAGAUUGUACAGAUGAGUAACUACUGUGGCAUUGGCAUCGAUGCUGAGCUCAGCCUGGACUUCCACCAGGCACGGGAGGAGGAGCCUGGCAAGUUCACCAGCAGAUUCCACAACAAGGGUGUGUAUGUUCGGGUUGGGCUGCAGAAGAUCAGCCACUCUCGAGGCCUACACAAGGAGAUCCGGCUGCAGGUGGAACAGCGGGAGGUGGAGCUGCCCAGCAUCGAGGGCCUCAUCUUCAUCAAUAUCCCCAGCUGGGGCUCAGGAGCUGACCUCUGGGGCUCUGACAGUGACUCGAGGUUUGAGAAGCCACGAAUGGACGAUGGGCUGCUGGAGGUGGUGGGCGUAACUGGCGUCGUGCACAUGGUGAGCGCUAGGCCAUGGGCAGGCUCCUGUGCUACCCCACGGCGCGCUAAACCAGCUUCCCACCCUCCUUGCCAGGGCCAGGUGCAAGGGGGGCUGCGCUCUGGUAUCCGCAUUGCACAAGGCUCCUACUUCCGUGUCACGCUCCUGAAGGCCACGCCAGUGCAGGUGGAUGGUGAGCCCUGGGUCCAAGCCCCAGGACACAUGAUCAUCUCAGCCGCAGGCCCCAAGGUCCACAUGCUGAGGAAGGCCAAGCAGAAGCCCAGGAAGGCUGCAGUCACCAGGGGGGAUGCUGCGCCUGCCCCUGAGGGCAUUGCUAAGUAAGGGCAGAGAGGUCCAGGUGGUGCUGGAGCCAUCCAUCUGAUGGGACUUGCUACACCCUGCCCAUACCAUCUUCCUGGGGCCAGGACGGCUCCAGCCCUUGUCCCUGUCCAGUGUCACCUGGAAACCCCUGGGUGGGUGGCAGCCCUGGACAGUCCCAGAUGGGAGCACAGGGUUCCUGGCUGGCCUGCCCCUUGGGGCAGCACUGGAACUUGUUUGGUGGCCUCUUGACUUCAUCUUAUGCCCCUCAGGCUGUCCUCUGAAGCAGCUGUUCAGCCUCCUUCCCCACUGUUGGCAGGUGGCAUGCAGCCCUGGUGGCCAUGGGGUAACUACCUCCCUGCCUGGCACAGGGAAGGUGCUGUCCCUUGUCUCCGGCCCUGUCACUGCAGCGGGGUUUGGACCAGGGGAGGUGGUUGUGGGUGCUGGGCAGUGCCCAGCCUCCCCUGGGAGAGGAGUCUUCUGUCCACUGAGGCCAGAUGGGUUUGGGUGGCUACUGUGCAGCAACCAGAGUGUGGGCUGGGCUCCCCUUGACCCCAGGGGUAGGCAUAUAGUGCCCAGAGGGGACUAGAAGCAGGGCUUCAAGGUCCAACUGGGUGUAUGUGUAAAUAACACCUGUCAUAUGGAGGAGUGGAUUUAAUGCCCUCAUUCUUAAAUGUAGCACUUUACAUAGCACUAUCUGCCAGCAACCUGUGGCUCUUGCACACCAGUGUAGACACAGUUCCCACCCUACCAGGCACCACUGUGGCUGAGCCCAGCUGGGACAGCCUGGCUGGUGUGAAUGAAGCCGUUUUAACCGUGCGUAAGAGCUCAGUGUCUCCCCUCAGACGCUGGAGGAAUCUGACCAAAAAAUAAGCAGCCAGUGUAGAGUCUGCAGAGGCACUCCCCGCAAAGCAAGGGACCUAUCAGGUCCAGCUCUUCCCAGCACUCAUAGGCACUGGGUUUGCACUACUGAGGGCCUCGUCCUUGGGAGUGGCUGUGACCUGUAGCCUCCAAGGAAUCUCUAUGCCACAAGGCCAUGUCUUUCCCCUGCUUCUGCCAAAGCUGCAGACACAUGCAUCCCAGAUUCCAUUGAUGGUCUCAGUGGAGCGGUUCUUGUCACUUACCAUCU